UUUUACCCAAAGGUGGAGAGUGGGAUCCGGACGGGUGGCGCUUGGAGCAGGUGAAGAAGCAUCGUUGUUCCAGCUGUGACUUCUGUCCUUUCUCCAGUCGUGAGUCGGAGUCAAGAAAAGACAAGCAUUCUUCUUUUGCGGCUAGGGCUCCAGUGAACUGUUGCCCAGAACCUAGGCACUUCGGACAUUUCAUCUCACUCCUUAUUCCGCUUUCACUGUAUAAAUCAUCUUCACACUUGUAACCCUGUGAAUCUCCGGUCUGCUCAAUGCUCAGAGAAGGGGUCAAACGGGAAUUUCACGUGUUUGAAAGAGAGGAUCGUCACGGACUGCAGGGAGCUGUCUAAGGUGCUGAAGCUUUCCAGGCGUCUGUCUCCAUCACCACACGGAGUAGAUUGCACAUUUUCAUUCCUGGCUUUCUCCUUCCCCAUGCCUUGGAUAAGACUAAUUUCAGGAUCGUGAAUAUCUCGUCGUAUCAUGGCCCACGUGAGACAUUUUCGAACAUUAGUUUCGGGAUUUUACUUCUGGGAAGCAGCACUGCUACUCAGUUUGGUUGCCACAAAAGAAACAGAUAGUGCAAGAUCUCGAAGUGCUCCAAUGUCACCUUCUGACUUUCUGGAUAAAUUAAUGGGGAGGACAUCGGGGUAUGAUGCAAGAAUCAGACCCAAUUUUAAAGGCCCUCCAGUUAAUGUCACAUGCAAUAUAUUCAUAAACAGCUUUGGCUCUAUCGCCGAGACGACAAUG